CUCCCACUUCCGCUUCCGGUGCGGGCCGCGCGCGAGCGCUGCGGUGGGAGGCGGCGACGAGCCGGUUGAGGCCCCCAGCUCGGCCUCACCACGAUGUGGCACGAGGCUCGGAAGCAUGAGCGGAAGCUUCGAGGCAUGAUGGUUGACUAUAAGAAGAGAGCAGAGCGGCGGCGGGAGUACUAUGAAAAGAUUAAGAAGGACCCAGCGCAGUUCCUGCAGGUGCAUGGCCGAGCGUGCAAGGUGCACCUGGAUUCUGCAGUCGCCUUGGCCGCCGAGAGCCCCGUUAACAUGAUGCCCUGGCAGGGGGACACCAACAACAUGAUUGACCGCUUCGAUGUUCGCGCCCACCUUGACCACAUCCCCGACUACACCCCCCCGCUGCUCACCACCAUCUCCCCAGAACAGGAGUCAGAUGAGCGGAAAUGUAACUACGAGCGCUACCGAGGCCUGGUGCAGAACGACUUUGCCGGCAUCUCAGAGGAGCAGUGUCUGUACCAGAUCUACAUUGACGAGCUGUACGGAGGCCUCCAGAGGCCCAGUGAGGAUGAGAAGAAGAAGCUGGCAGAGAAGAAGGCUUCCAUUGGCUACACCUACGAGGACAGCACCGUGGCCGAGGUAGAGAAGGUAGCGGAGAAGCCAGAGGAGGAGGAGUCACCAGCUGAGGAGGAAAGCAACUCGGACGAAGAUGAGGUCAUCCCCGACAUCGACGUGGAGGUGGACGUGGACGAACUGAACCAGGAACAGGUGGCAGAUCUCAACAAGCAGGCCACGACUUAUGGCAUGGCCGACGGCGACUUUGUCAGGAUGCUCCGGAAAGACAAAGAGGAGGCAGAGGCGAUCAAGCACGCCAAGGCCCUUGAGGAAGAGAAGGCCAUGUACUCGGGCCGUCGCUCCCGGCGCCAGCGGAGGGAGUUCCGGGAGAAGCGACUGAGGGGCCGGAAGAUCAGCCCACCCAGCUACGCCCGCCGAGACAGCCCCACCUACGACCCCUAUAAGCGGUCGCCCUCCGAAUCCAGCUCCGAGUCCCGCUCCCGCUCGCGCUCCCCGACCCCAGGCCGUGAGGAGAAGAUCACGUUCAUCACCAGUUUUGGGGGCAGCGACGAGGAGGCGGCAGCAGCCGCAGCGGCAGCAGCCGCAUCUGGGGCCACCACAGGGAAGGCCCCCGCACCCCCCCAGCCCGGCGGCCCCGCACCGGGACGUAAUGCCAGCGCCCGCCGCCGCUCCUCCUCCUCCUCCUCCUCCUCCUCUUCUGCCUCGAGGACCUCCAGCUCCCGCUCCAGCUCCCGCUCCAGCUCCCGCUCCCGCCGCGGCGGGGGCUAUUACCGCUCUGGCCGCCACGCUCGCUCCCGCUCCCGGUCCUGGUCCCGCUCUCGGUCCCGCUCCCGGCGCUAUUCGCGGUCCCGUAGCCGCGGCCGGCGGCACUCGGGUGGGGGCUCCCGAGAUGGACACCGGUACUCCCGCUCGCCUGCCCGGCGCGGUGGUUAUGGGCCCCGGCGCAGAAGCAGGUGUGUGGCGUGGAUGUUGGGGGGGGGACCCGGGGGUGGGCAAGGCCCCAUGUCAGCCAGACUUGGCUCCGAGGGAGGGGACCAGGCCACGGCCGCUCUGUGAGGAAGCGCUCGGUUUGCUGGGGAGGUGUGCCCCCUCUGCUCCCCACACGUGGUGACGUGGGCUGGCGCACAGCCGCGUUCUCGGGACUGACCUGGUCCUGUCGUGGGGAGUUCCCGGUGUGGGUGUAGACAGGUGUGCGGACGCUCAGGGUGUCCUGUGGCCUGCAGUGGGGACCUGGCUGGCCUCUAGGGCUGGGGUGCUCCGCGGGCAGAGAGGCGCUGCAGACGGGGUAGGAAACGAGGCAUCUGGGGAGGGGAGCAUCCUUCCUGGGCUCUUGCUUGGCGGGAUCAGGCCUGCCUGGGCCACAGUGGUGUGGCUCGCAGGGGUGGGGGGCCCAGCUUCAGAUCAUGGCCCUGCUCGGAAACUUCUGGGGCUUCAUUUUUUUCACGUGUAAAAUAAGGACAGUGUCCUCUUUGUGGAGUCGUUGGGAAGGUGUGACGACACAUGUGAAUGCUAGCGUUGGGCGACUGCUGCCGCCCCCAGCAUUGUCCCUUGUAUUGUGGCAUGCGUCUCAGCGUCAGCUUCCUACAGGGGCUGGCAGGUAAAAUAAAGGGGCCAGGUGGGCCCCGGGGGGACUGGGGCACACGUGUCCCAUCCAUUCGGGUUGUCGGGUCUGCAGUGGUGGGCCCGACGCCGCCCCAUCUUGUGUUUUCUCACGAGAAGUUGAGAGUCUGGGUUGUUAAAGGAUAGUUCGUUUUCUCAGCAUUGCCCACAAAUUGGAGUUUUGUAGAAAGUUGGCCAGCCGCUGCAGAAUCCGUGUGUGGCCUAGACUUGGUUUCCAGGUCAUUCCCUGUAGCCUGACCCAGGGCGACCAGAGGAGAUAGGCCUGGGGGAAGGAGGGGGGCCUGGCCACAUCUCGAACCCCAGCCUGAGGGAGAGCCCUUGCUGAGGAGCCCCCAGGGUCCUGAGCGGAGAAAGGAUGGGGCCGCACGUCCCCCGACUGGGUCUCGUGGGUCCGUGCUGUAGAUUGGUGGGGAGAGCGGGCGAGGGGGUGGUCCCCGCUGGACCCUAGCAAGGUGAGGAGGUGGAUGAGGUCACGGGCACCGUGGGUAAGGGGGGCGGCGCUGGCCAGCCGGGUCCCACCCUCCCAGAGGUCGCCUCCCAGGGGAGCCGGUGAGUGUGUGUCAGAAGUGAGAAGCGAGCCGUUUCAGGGUGGUUGUAUCUGGAGGGCGGGCUCUGUGUAGACAUGGAGCUGGGCCGGAGCUGGGCCGGGGAGCAGCGGGGGAGCAGCCCCAGACCUACCGACCUACCAC